CUUUUAAAAGCCUAUACCAGCUUCUUGAGCAACUGGCCAUGGUAGUCUUAGCCAACCCCGCCACCCAACAGCUCUCCAUUGCCAAGCCCUUCAAAACCGCCGCUUCCCCAUUCUAUGUCCCGUCCAUAGACCUUUCCAAACCGGCAGCCGCCAAACACCUCCUCGUAAAAGCCUGCGAGGAGUUCGGGUUCUUCAAGGUGGUCAACCAUGGCGUUCCCGCGGAAUUCAUAACCAGGCUCGAAGCGGAGGCCGUCAAGUUCUUCUCCUCCCCGGCCUCCCAGAAAGAAAAGGCUGGGCCGCCGGACCCGUUCGGGUAUGGGAAUAAGAAGAUCGGAGGAAAUGGGGAUAUUGGGUGCGUAGAAUACAUUCUGCUAUCCACCAGAAACCCGGAAUUUGAUUACAGAAAGUUCUCAACAAUUAUGGGUUUAACCCCAGAGAAAUUCAAGGCGGCGGUGAAUGAUUAUGUGAGAGCGGUGAAGAAAAUGGCGUGUGAGGUUCUGGAGCUGAUGGCGGAGGGGCUGAAGAUAUCGGCGAGGAAUGCGCUGAGCCGGCUGGUGAUGGACGAGGCGAGCGACUCGGUGUUCAGGCUGAAUCACUACCCGGGCCGGGCCUGCAGCCCACCUGAGGACUUCGGAGACAUGGACAGGGACCGCAUGAUUGGGUUCGGCGAGCACACAGACCCACAGAUCAUUUCUGUUCUCCGAUCCAACAACACUUCGGGCCUCCAAAUCGCUCUCAAAGAUGGCACCUGGCUUUCCGUUCCGCCCGAUCACACUUCCUUCUUCGUCAACGUUGGCGAUUCUCUCCAGGUGAUGACAAACGGGAGGUUUAAGAGCGUGAGGCAUAGGGUUUUGGCAAAUAGUGCAAAAUCAAGGCUGUCAAUGAUUUAUUUCGGAGGGCCACCCUUGAGUGAAAAGAUCGCUCCAUUACCAUCACUAAUGGCAGGAGAUGAAGACAGUUUGUACAAGGAGUUUACCUGGUCCGACUACAAAAAAUCUGCCUACAACUCUCGCCUCGCUGAUAAUAGGCUCCUCCGCUUUCAGAAAAUUUCACCUGCAUAGUGUAGCUCCCAAUAAUUAAUUCUACCCUUCUUCUAAUUAUUAUUAUUAGGAAAUUAUUUUUAUUAAUUUCCUAAACUAUUACCUGUUGUUUAAUGUAUUACUCCGUAUUAACUAUGUAGUUGUAAUGUUGAUUCACUAAUGAGGCCCGCAGUAGUUGAUUGAAUUGACAAAAUAUAUACGGAGUAAUAAUUUUCUAACUAAAGGAGAUUCUCUUUACUAUUUUUGUGUCUUUUUUGUGAUCUCCUGGUCAAUAAGAUAUGAUUAGUACGUAUCGAAGGUUGUCUCAUCCACUAGUGCGUGCAUGUGAAGACCGUAUCAUCAUCCAUCAUGAAUAUAUUAUUGGUGGAAUUCGAGGCGAAUUUUAUUUAUUUAUUGCUAAUGGAAGCUCUUCUUUCUAAAAACUUCGCUGGCUCCACGAUAAAAGCCGGGUACAAUUUUCUUGGUCGUGCACAAUAGAGGUGUUAUGAGGUGAUUCCAGCUCAGGUCUUCGGUUUACAUCCACAAAGGAUGUCAAUUAACACCACUAGAGUCAAGAAGAGGAGAAUUGGGCAUCAACCAGCUAAUCUAUUCUGCCCUAGGUUUAAUUUCUUCCACAAAGGAGUAGCAGAGAAGAAGGGUUCGGCUAACCCAUUGGCAGAGAAGAGAAUGGUAUAAAUAGACCAAGCAAUUGAUUAUAGAAGGUAACUUACCUUCAUGAGAUUAACUUCCAAACAGACCGAAGUUGCCGAAGGUAAGAAUCGCGCAGGAGCCGAAGAAGGAAAUAGCUGAUUAGCAAAGAUGCGUAAUUCAAAACUCAGGGACCGGUUGGGAGCAAAUGGGAAUUGGGUCGGGUACUCCUCUUUGGGCUUAAGAAUAAAUGGGCCAAUACCAACAAAUCCUCCACCUUAUUGGACCCUAGUGGUGUAGAGCACAACGCUCUAAAACAAUUUGAGACUCAUCAUCGCUGGAUUGCCCGAAUAAUCACAAAGACAUAUUCAGGCAAAAGGGAUAAGUUCACCAGGCAACUUAUCCGCAAUCAAUGUUUAACGUGCGUUUGCACGACAACAACUUUUCGACCGAGAGACAUUUAGUCCCCAUGUCAGCAGGAUUAAAUUCCGAUGGAAUUUUAAUCAACUUGAUAUGACCUGCACUAACAAUAUCACGUAUAAAAUGAAAUCUAACAUCAAUGUGCUUAGUUCUAUCAUGAAAAACAGGGUUUUUACAUAAUUGAAUAGCAGAUUGACUAUCAGAAAACACACAAAUAUCCUGCUUAAGACUACCAAUCUCCGUUAGGAGACGUUUCAGCCAAAUGGCUUCCUUAAACGCUUCGGUAGCGGCCACAUACUCCGACUCAGUGGUGGAUAGGGCAACUAUGGGUUGAAGUUGAGACUUCCAACUAAUGCAAGACCCACAAAGAGUGAACACAUAAGAGGUAGUGGAUUUCCUAUUGUCUCUAUCGUUAGCAAAAUUCGAAUCCACAUACCCACUCAACUUAACCCCCUCAGAACACCUAGUGAAAACCAACCCAUGAUUAACAGAAGAUUUCAAGUACCUAAGCAACCACUUAAGAGCAUUCCAAUGAUCUAAACCAGGAUUAGACAUAUACCUACUCAAGCAACUAACAGCAUAGGCAAUGUCGGGUCUAGUACUCACCAUGAGAUACAUCACGG